UCCGGGGCGGCUGCCCGACGGCCAUCUUGCUUGCCGGGCAGCCGGCUGGGAGGUUGCGCGUGCGCGGGGCCCCUCCAGCUCCGGCGGGUGCAGCGCUUCCCUGAGGGUGGAGGCCGGUGGGCGCCCGCGGCCGCGAUGACCCAGGCGGAGAAGGGGGAUGCGGAGAACGGGAAGGAGAAGGGCGGGGAGAAGGAAAAGGAGCAGCGCGGCGUGAAACGACCCAUCGUGCCCGCGCUGGUGCCGGAGUCGCUACAGGAGCAAAUCCAGAGCAACUUCAUUGUGGUCAUACAUCCAGGUUCAACAACCUUAAGGAUUGGUCGAGCCACAGACACACUUCCUGCUAGCAUUCCUCAUGUCAUUGCACGAAGACACAAACAACAAGGGCAGCCACUAUACAAGGACAACUGGCUCCUAAGGGAAGGACUAAAUAAACCAGAGAGUAAUGAACAAAGACAAAAUGGCCUUAAAAUGGUGGAUCAAGCAAUAUGGUCUAAAAAGAUGUCAAAUGGCACAAGACGGAUUCCCGUGUCCCCUGAACAGGCACGCUCCUACAACAAGCAGAUGCGACCUGCAAUUUUAGAUCACUGUUCUGGAAACAAGUGGACAAACACAUCUCAUCACCCAGAGUUUUUGGUGGGAGAAGAGGCCUUAUACGUUAACCCAUUGGACUGUUAUAAUAUUCACUGGCCUAUCAGAAGAGGUCAGUUAAAUAUUCACCUGGGACCUGGGGGCUCCCUUACGGCUGUUUUGGCAGAUAUUGAAGUAAUAUGGUCUCACGCAAUCCAAAAAUAUUUGGAAAUCCCCCUGAAAGAUUUAAAGUAUUAUAGAUGUAUCUUGCUAAUUCCUGAUAUCUAUAAUAAACAGCAUGUGAAAGAAUUAGUGAAUAUGAUCCUAAUGAAGAUGGGUUUUUCAGGGAUUGUGGUCCAUCAAGAGUCUGUGUGUGCCACCUUCGGAAGUGGUUUAAGCAGCACAUGUAUUGUGGAUGUUGGAGACCAGAAGACAAGUGUGUGCUGUGUGGAGGAUGGGGUCUCUCAUCGGAAUACUCGGCUCUGUCUGGCCUAUGGGGGGUCUGACGUGUCAAGGUGUUUCUACUGGCUGAUGCAGCGAGCCGGGUUCCCUUACCGAGAAUGCCAGCUAACAAAUAAAAUGGAUUGUCUUCUUCUGCAGCACCUUAAAGAAACUUUCUGUCAUUUAGAUCAGGACAUCUCUGGACUUCAGGAUCAUGAGUUUCAGAUUCGACAUCCAGAUUCCCCUGCCCUGCUUUACCAGUUUCGAUUAGGAGAUGAAAAACUCCAGGCCCCAAUGGCUUUGUUUUACCCAGCAACUUUUGGAAUUGUUGGCCAGAAAAUGACAACUUUGCAGCACAGAUCUCAGGGAGACCCUGAGGAUCCUCAUGAUGAGCAUUACCUGCUGGCCACGCAGAGCAAGCAGGAACAGUCUGCCAAAGCUACUGCUGACCGAAAGUCUGCCUCCAAACCCAUUGGAUUUGAAGGGGAUCUUCGUGGCCAGUCUUCUGACCUUCCAGAAAGACUCCAUGCCCAGGAGGUGGAUUUGGGAUCCUCCCAGGGAGACUGUCUGAUGGCUGGCAAUGAAUCUGAGGAGGCUCUCACAGCACUGAUGUCCCGGAAGACUGCCAUCUCUCUGUUUGAAGGGAAAGCCCUGGGCCUGGAUAAAGCCAUUCUUCACAGCAUCGACUGCUGUUCAUCUGAUGAUACCAAAAAGAAGAUGUACAGUUCCAUCCUCGUGGUGGGAGGUGGUUUGAUGUUUCAUAAAGCUCAAGAAUUUCUGCAGCACAGAAUUCUCAACAAAAUGCCACCUUCAUUCAGGCGAAUUAUUGAGAAUGUGGAUGUGAUCACAAGGCCCAAGGAUAUGGAUCCCCGGCUGAUUGCAUGGAAAGGAGGGGCCGUGUUGGCUUGUUUGGACACCACACAGGAACUGUGGAUUUAUCAGAGAGAAUGGCAGCGCUUUGGUGUCCGCAUGUUACGAGAGCGAGCUGCUUUUGUCUGGUGAAAAUGGGCAGAAAGUCACUAUAUUAGAGACCAAAAAUAGGCCUCCUGGUAUAUAAAAGACUCUUGAAGAAUAUAUAUAUUUUAAUUUAUUGACUUAGAUGCUUAAAUUUCAUGGAAAAUAAAUGAAUUUUAACUUUUACGUUGACAAUAGGACAUUGGUGUGAAAUUAUAAGCUGCUUUUGUAGCCAGGACAUUUACGAAUAAAUAUGAACUUACUUUUCAGUGGUAAAUGCUCCUGCCCCUUUCUCAGGGUCGCAGGAGCUCCCUGAUGAUGUGAAAUGUUGCUGUUGAGUGGCUCCCAUGUACACACCUUGGCUUAAGUUGACCUUAGUGUCAUCAGAUAAUCACACAGCCACAAGGGGUGGGUGUAUGGCUCGGGUACCUGAAUCCUGAGAACUGGCCAGCCCACUUCCCUCACGUGUUUUAGCAGGCACACAUUGUUUCGACUCAGGGGUGCUCUUAGAAUUCCAAAUAGGGAGAGAAAAGGUUCUUUUUUUCUUUUUCUAUUGGAUUACAAAAAAGACUGUGACCAGUUGAGCUCUGGAUUUCCGAAGGCAAAGAUUUAAGGAUGGGCUGGCUGGCUUUGGUUACUCCACAUGCUUCAGGGUGGGCUUACGGAAAGAAAACAAUCCUUAUCUGACCAAAACAGAACAACAACUGAAAAGGAAAACCCAUUUCCUUCCUAAAGCCAAGUAGAAACAAUUCAGGUGUAAUUUAUAGUUAACUUGUGCAGAUGAAUAAGGUGACUGCUGGUCACCUUAUUACUGCCAACUUAAUCAUCAAGUCCCCAAAUUUCCUUUAUCUGAAGAACCAAGAGAAAGGUUUUGGAACUCUUUGUGCUCAGUAAGAUCAUUUGAUCUUAAUCUGUGAACAGUCUGAAGCGAAAUCUAAGUACAGACAGCUAUUAGCACCAGUGGCCCAGGCCUUGGUGAAGCCUUCUGAGCCCCUGGCCAGAGGAAGGCUAGGCAUUAGCUGGAGACAGAAGCUUGUCAGUGAGCACAGCCUGGGGGCUCAGAGACCUGGGAGCAUGGGGAAUGCCUGAUUCCUGCCACUCCUGCUGGGCAUCUGCGUCCACCAUCUCAUCCAGAACUGGAGAUAUGGGAGUGGAAUGGGACUGGCGGAGGGGGAGGGGGGCUGACAAAAGUAGGGCUGGAUAAGAGAUGGAGGUAAGAAUGGAAUAUAGAACAGGAUGGUUAGAAGUCUCAGGGCAUGGAGAAAUGCUGGUCCUGGAGCAUUUGCAUAACAAGGAGUAUCCUACAUAUAUGUGAUCAGUAGGUGAGGAACAAAGAAGAGUCCAUCGGUAUAACAAUGAUUUUACCUUGGUACUGUUGAAAGGUGCUUUCAAUUUGAAGAU